AUGGAGACUGAAAAUGGGGGUACAGAUCUGUCUGUUUCGUACCCUUCUUGUGUUCGAUGUAAGGAUUUCAUCACGUCAGGUCAUGCAUACGAGUUAGGUGAUGAUCGUUGGCAUACGCAUUGUUUCUCGUGUUAUAGAUGUGAAAAGCCAUUGAGUUGUGAUAGUGAUUUUCUGGUACUCGGGACGGGCACAUUAAUCUGUUUUGAUUGUUCAGAUUCGUGUAAAAACUGUGGGACAAAGAUUGAUGACUUGGCAAUUAUUCUGUCCUCUUCAAAUGAAGCUUAUUGUUCAGAGUGUUUUAAAUGUUGUAAAUGUGGUGAUACCAUCAAGGAUCUGCGAUAUGCCAAAACCAAGCGUGGUUUGUUUUGUAUACAUUGUCAUGAAAGGUUGCUUGCCAAGAGGAAACAGUAUGAGGACAGGAAGAGAAGAUUGAAGAAAGAUUUGCCCGAGGUUCCAACAGUGGAAUUACCCAUGCCAUUGGUUAUUCCUGAGAAAUCUAGUAAGAGACCUCAGUCGCCCGUAAGAGGCUCGGAGAGAUCGUUGACACCACCCCCACUUUCAAAAAGUCUGAUAAAGUCUAAUAGUGGGAGUGUUAUUUCACAGUAUUUGGCAGAGGAUGAUGAUGUGAAGGUUGGUAGUGGAUCAAUACCAGCGAAAAAGGACGAUGAGGAUACUCCCAAACAUUCUCGAAAUGUUUCCAUUGAUGAUAUGUUGAAUUCAACUCUAGAGAAUGAUCGAGAAGAAUUGAAGGUAUCACAGGAACCGAAGGUUUUGUUGAAUAAGACUCCGUUAAGAAACCACCGAGCCACAAACUCAUUGAGUAAAUCACCGCUCUCCCAUAGGCAGGGAAUGAUCCUCGAGCCGGAACAAAGUAAUCAAGAGAAACCUUUGGAGCAAGAGGAAGAACAAGGACUAGCGCUGAAUUUACCAUCACAGUUUUCCCCAAUCAAUAAUGAUGAAGAUACUUUGACCUUGGGGUUCGAAGAUCGCCCUCCAACAGAUUAUGCGGUAACAUCUCCGCCACGAUCUCCCAGUCCUUCAAAAACAAACACAAUCGUUACUUCUCCAAAUCGUCAAGAAAUUGUUUCGAAUGCGAAUGAAAGUGGCAAGAACCGAAAGAUCGGUCGAUCUCUUUCUCUUAAAUCAAGAAAUCUGGUUCACAAUCUGAAAUCUAAAACAACGGGUAUCCUGGAUCCCAGGUCAAGUUCGCCAUCCACUUCUCGAUCCAAGACCAUCUCUUCCCCCGGUAGAAACGAUUUGGAUACGCAUUCUGGAUGGGGUGUGCCGUCUAGCGAGGAAAGUAAUACGCAGCCUACCCCUGUAACAUCUUCGAGGCAUAAAAUGACUCCGAGAGGUAAGAGUGACAGUACAUUACAUGCUGAUCAUCGCAAUUUUACAAAUCCAGGGAGAAAUUAUAGCGUUGAAAAUGUGGACCAUAGAAGAACGCACAGCAAUGCUAGUAAUACUAGCGCAUCGAAUGUCUCAAUGUUCAGAACUCCUCCAUUAGACAAUCCAUCGAUAUUUGGUCGACUCAGUAACUCGGGGUCCGCUUCCCACUAUAAGACAUCUAGUUGGCAAGCGAAUAACGAGCCUGUCAUGGAGGACCCCGCGGAGUCAGAUGCACAGAAGACUGUAGAUGAUGAUAUCACAAAGGCAGAAGAUGAAAAUGAAUCUUUUCUCAAGAAGGAGCUCGGAGAAACUGAACUACUGCUAAGAAAGUUGAAAUUGGAAGUGAGAGAACUCGAGUCCAAGAGAUUACAUUUAACCAGUGAAGUGGACGGUCUACAGUCCACAAAGGAUGUGCUCGUUCAUGAGAUCGAACGACUGAGAGCAGAGAAGGGUAAAUUUUCCUCGUUGGAAUCGUUAGCGCCGGUACCACAAAAUGGUGAUUUUCAGAAACCUCAAGAUUUUAAUGUUGACGGAAUCCAAUCAAGUAAACAAGCAGAAACUGCAAGCGUGGCAAGGCCAGGAACAAAGCCAAGGUUCUGGAAGAUCUUCUCAGGCGCAAGGCAACCACCUCAGUCUCAACAACAGCAACACGGCCAGCAACUGUCUUUGCAAAAUCUCGCAGCACCAAGCGGUACAACUGCGAACACUUCAAUAUCAUCGUCUUCUAGCAUGUACAAUGGUAAUAAUAGCACCAGCGGCAAGUUGGAAAUCUCUGGGCCCGUUCUCCAAAAUCCAAACGAGUUCAGUGAUGUUAAAUUACUACCAAUAAACAUGAACUCACAGUCCGAGCUAAGCAUGCAAGGGUCACCAUCUCGAGUGGAUGGGAAUAUACUUUAUGGUUCUAGCCUUGUCGCCAGAUGCUCCUAUGAGCAAUCAACGAUACCAUUGAUCGUAAAGUCGUGUAAAGAGCACAUCGAGAGUAAAGAGGAAUUUCUAAGAACAGAGGGGAUUUACCGCAAGUCGGGGUCUCAAUUGCUUAUUGAGGAGAUAGAAAAGGCAUUUAUUGCUUGCGACACUGAGCAGACGACUGAACUUUUAAGCCUUCUCGAUGAGGACGUCCAUGCUGUUGCGAGCGUCUUGAAAAGAUACCUAAGGAAAUUACCGAACCCGGUAAUAACGUUUCAAGUGUACGAGCCGUUAAUGAAUACCGUUAGAGAAAACCAAAUGAUGACUAACCUUCCAUUUAAGGCUGGCGGCAACCAUCUCAAGAACAAUCCACAAUACGUUACAGCACUAAACACUAUUGUCAAGAUUUUGCAAAAUCUGCCGCAAGAGCACCGCGAUUUGCUGCUUUUCUUGGCAAAACAUAUCCAUACAGUUAUGAGCUACAGCGAAGCCAAUUUGAUGACUUUGCAUAAUCUGUCACUUGUCUUUGCCCCUGGCUUGAUCCGUGACUACACUGGGGAGAAAGAUAUUGCUGAUAUGAAGGAAAGGAAUUACAUUGUGGGCUUUAUCUUUGGGAAUUUCGAAGACAUUUUUUCAUAA